AUGCCCGAUAAAAUAAGAAUAUUAAUUGUAUUUCUUUUACAGGCAGGAUUGGGACGUAAAUAUUCACAUAAUUAUGAAGAAGUUAGAUCACGCCGUGCAUUUUAUGAAAAUGUAAAAGUGAUUGAAAAUCAUAAUAAAUUAUACAAAGAUGGUAAAGUUUCAUAUCGUUUAAGAACAAAUGUUAUGGCCGAUUUGAAACCAAAAUCGUAUUUAGAAAAAUAUGUAAGACUUGUAAAUAGUCAACGUUAUAAAGAUAGUGAUCCAAUUGAUAAUAUGGUUAGUAGCGGAUUGUUGAAUUAUGAAAAUUUGCCAAAUGAAAUUGAUUGGCGUGAUAAAGGCUUUUUAAUGACAGCUGAUAACCAGGGACAAUGUGGAUCAUGUUAUGCAUUUAGUAUUGUUAGAAGUAUGGAAGGACAAGUAUUCAAAAGAACUGGAAAAUUGUUUAAAUUGAGUGUACAACAAGUUGUUGAUUGUAGUAUUAAAACUGGUAAUAAAGGAUGUACUGGAGGCUCAUUACGUAAUACAUUAAGAUACUUAGAAGAAACAGGGGGUUUAAUGAGACACGAUGAUUAUACUUAUCAAGAAAGGCAAGGUAAAUGCCAAUUUAUAGAAACUUUAUCUAUUGUAAAUGUAACAACAUGGUCUAUAUUACCACCAAAAGAUGAAGAAGCAUUAAAAGCAGCUGUUGCAUUAAUUGGCCCGAUAGCUGUCUCAUUAAAUGCGAGUCCAAAUACAUUUCAAUUAUAUGGCGAUGGAGUUUAUGAUGAUGAUAAUUGUAACGAUUUACAAGUAAAUCAUGCUAUGCUUGUUGUAGGUUACACAGAUGAUUAUUGGAUCUUAAAAAAUUGGUGGGGACCAAAUUGGGGUGAAAAUGGUUAUAUGAAAUUGAAAAGAGGCAAGAACUUAUGUGGCAUAUCAAAUUAUGCCGCUUAUGCUGUAGUUUAAAAAAAUAUUUUGAAAAAGGAGUAACCACAGAAGAGCAUUAAGAAUUGUCUCGUACUACUUGACAUGUAUUUCUUUUUAAUAAGUCUAAUGAGUGUAAACUUAAAACUAUCAUUUUUUUUUUAAUUUUUAAAUUUUCCUAUUUUAUUUUAUGAAAUACAUAAACUGAUUUAUUGGAUUUUACACGUCCAAAACACUUGGCAGCAAUCGUAUUUGUGAAAUCAAUUAACAAUCUUUUUUUCUUUUUCUUAUAUUAUAAUUUUCAUUGUUUCAUACUCUGGAUUUAAAAUUUUUCAAAUUUUGUUUUUAAUUGAAAAUAAAAGAAAAAUGUAUAAAAUGAUUUCUUCUUUCAGCUUUCUAUGAAACAAAAAUUUAAAACAUGAUAUACAGAUUGAUUAUACAUAGUCAUUAUUCAAUUAUAGUGAAUUAAUCAAAAAGUAAAGGUAUAGAGAACUGGGAUGACAGAACGGAAAUUGUUUUUAAUGCGACGUCUCGAAUAAACUUUUUGUAUAGGUUUUCCUUACCCUUUUGUUGUCCCAAAAUGCUAUUUUCGAAUGAUAUUAUAAUAUCAGAUCAGAUCAAAUGUCUCUAAUAACAGCUAUUUCUCAUUUCUGUUAAAGAGAUUUUUAAAACUUUUUUUUUUGUUCCAUAACAUUAAUUAAAAUUUUUAAUUUGAUUAAUUUAUUGAUAGUAAUUUUAAUUGCUAAAUAAAAGAAGGCUAUAUAGAUUUGUUUUUUUUUUUUUU